AUGGUGGUGGUGGCCUGGUGGGGCUGCUGCUUCCUGCUCCGGCUCCCGGCGCUCCUGUGCUGCGAGGCCAUGGUGUGGGCGCUCUCCUUCCUCGUAUUCCCGCUGCGCAUGCUCACCGCCGUCGACGACAGGGAGAAGAAGCUGGGCCUGCUGGUCUGGGAGAUGCAGACCCAGAUGGAGGACCUCAUGUUGGAGAACAGGUGCCUGCAGCAGAAGCUGCGGGCGGCUCUCAGUGAGCGUGACGCCGCCGAGGCGCUUCUUGACGAGAUGGAGGAGGAGCACGACGACGCCUUUGCCACCAUCCAUGUCCUCGAGAACCAGCUCAAGGCGCUGCGGCAGGAGAACAUGCGGCUGAACGAGCACAAGGGCAAAGCCAUGUGGGACAAGCCGGGGGUGUGUGACAAGAACCCCGGGAAAACCCCGCUGGCGGUAGUAGCUUUCGGCGGAGCACGUGGCGAGGAAGACGCAGCAGAACAGGCAGAGGCAGAGCCCGUGUUGAAAAUGACAUACGCCGCCGACCCCACGUCGGUGCUGGCGCUGGCGGCGGCCUCGCCGCCCAGCACCGCCACGGCGGCCGCGGACGACGACGAUGAGGCCACGCUAGCGAGGGCGGUGGCGCGGCGCCGGAGCCUGUUCAGCCUGGGCAUGUCGCUGGCGGUGGGCGCCGUGGCGUGGUCGGCCGACGCGCCGUGCCUGCCGCUGCUGGCGGGGCUGUUCGCCGUCGUGGCCGUGUCCAUGCGCAGCGUGUCGCGCCUACGCAGGGGAUCCGGCCCCGCCGCCGACGCAGUGGCGCUGCUCAGCCUCAACUGGUUCCUCCUCGGCGUGCUCACCUCGCCCAUGCUGCCGGGCGUCGCGCACGCCGUCGUCCCGCGCGCCGGACGCGUCCUCGGACCCGCGCUCACAUGGAUCGCCGCCGCCGCGCCCCUGUGA